GCUUUUGCGACUCCCGCGUAGUUGCCCCUAAAUUGAACGAGAGAGUGCGUAGCCAGCAUUAUUGCAUUGAAUAGAGGAAAAGUAGCUGGAAGCACGACGAUGUGUUCUCCGACGACGCGGACGAUGAGGAUGAAACAAGACCGCGGAGUGUCUGUCCUUCUGCCAGAAGUGGGGCCAGAACAACUCGUGGUCGACCAGGGACAAUAGCCAGCACAAGGAAGAUGCGCCAAGCGAAAUCGCGGUUGCCGGAGGAUGAUGGUGACAGCGACGGUGACGAACCGCUCGAUCUCCUCGAUGCAAGUCGUGCCAGGAAGGCGCUGAUGGCCGGAUCUCAUGCUUCGCAGAAGGAAACUCAGGAGCAGGAUGACGUCAAGUACGCGCCUGACGGAAGGAUGGUCAUCGAUGAGAAAGAAGACCGGAAGGAGAAAAAGCGGAAGCGUGGCGACGUGGCUGGAGAAGGCAGUGAUGGUGACGAGGAUGGAGCCAGUCGAGGAGGCAAGAGCAGCAGCAAGUGGGGAAAGAAGUCGUCCAAGGAUCGCGCAGGAAAACACGGCAAGAAAAAACGCGCGCAUACAGGGGAAGAGUACAAACCGCAAAGGGGAGCUGGAGGUGAUGCUAAGGGGAACAAGAAAGUGGAACCGUACGCGUACUGGCCUCUCGAUAGGAAACUCCUCAAUCGGCGAGAAGGCAAAAGAGUGGCUGCAAGGAAGGGGAUGGCUGGAGUGAUGAAAGUUAAAAAGGGCAAGACAGGUAUGGCGAAGCGACAAAAAAUUGGUCGAAAAUGAUUUGAUCGAUCGAUUGAUUGAUCGAUUGAUCGGGCGAUUGAUUGCUUGCUUGAUGGAUGGAUGGAUGGAUGACAGCGUCCUCUGCUACAUUUAUCACCAUUCGAGACUUUCCGUCGUUUUGUCAGAACGCUCUUGCCAAGGUGUGUGUUAUUGAUUCCGUCGCAUCCGUCAGAGAUUGUUUUUACUUUUUUUUUUUGUGUAAGCUCUCAGCUCAUUUACAUGAGGAUGAUUGUUUGCUUGUUUGUUACAAGAGAGAGAGAGAGAGAGAGAGAGAGAGAGAGAGAGAGAGAGAGAGAGAGAGAGAGAGAGAGAGAGAGAGAGAGAGAAGGACGUGUGGUGCGCACACUGUUGAGGCAAUGAAGGACGUGUGGUGCGCACACUGUUGAGGCAAUGUCGGGUCAGUGUUUAGUAGAGAGAGAGAGAGAGAGAGAGAGAGAGAGAGAGAGAGAGAGAGAGAGAGAGAGAGAGGGAAGGACGUGUGAUGCGCACAAUGUUGAGGCAAUGUCGGGUCAGUGUUUAGUAGUGUCGACCCUCGGCAGUCGGAUUUUGUUUUCCGUGUGGUGAGUGAGCGAGUGUUGGGGGAAAUCAACGUCUCUCUCAGCGAGACGGAAGCGAAGCGGGUGGAGCUUUGACUGGAGCAGCAGCUAAGGCAGAAAAAAAGUGUAUUGGAACUUUGUAGCUUCGGUAAAAAAUUAUGAGCCAAGUGGACCUUGUCUUCGAAGUGGUCUUCUUCUUUUCUGUUUGGUAAGCGGGGUGUGGCGGGUGGCCGGUGUAAAGGGGGGUUGGGGGGGCCAGCCAACUCAGGUGGUUCAGGCGGGUCGGGCGUGAUUGUUUCCACACCUCAUGCAUGAUUGAUGAUGACGUUCACGGUGGUAACUGACUUACUGGAUUUUUGCCUUACUUCGAAGGACAUACGAGUAAUAAUUUACUAAAUUUAGUAAUUAGUUGCGGGUAACAAAAACAAAGAGGGGUUUCAGAUAAGAUUAUGCAAAACAGUGUUUACUGAUUUACUGGAUAAUAAUGAAAUUGUUGAAUUUGA